AUGUUGAGAACCUCUAUCACUCGACUGCCCGUGCGCCAGGUCGCGAUUGGCGCGCUGCGUGUUCGUGCCAUCGCGUCCAGCGCCACACAUCCCGCUACAGUGGUACAAAGUAACCAUGCAGAGGUCAACUUGGUGCCACAUCAUAUUCAGGACCGUGACCGUCGAGGCAUUGCCACCUCGUCGUCCCCUCUCACUCGUGUCGACGCGGUCAGCACCGUGCCGACCAUGCAAGGCGACUGGGUGCUGUUCCACCCUGUGUAUACUCCUGAAGAAAUAAAAGCCGUCGAGGUCUUACAUCGUGAGGCCAAGACCGUCUCAGAUAAGCUUGCAUACGGUCUCGUCAAGUUCGCUCGAUGGGGCUACGACUUUAUUUCGGGCUAUAGGCACAAACCCAUCCCACCAGAUGCCAAAAUGACACUCCAACAGCUAAGGAAAGAGGGAUACUUAUUAGACGAGCAGGGAUGGUUGAACCGUAUCCUGUUUCUGGAAUCUAUUGCCGGUGUGCCAGGGAUGGUAGCAGCAACGUUGAGGCAUCUUCAGAGUCUCCGCCUAAUGAGACGAGAUAGUGGCUGGAUCCACACCUGUCUGGAAGAAGCUGAGAAUGAACGGAUGCACCUCAUGACAUUUAUGACGCUCCGUCACCCGUCUCUCUUUUUCCGUGCCAUGAUUCUUGGCGCGCAGGGAGUUUUCUACAACCUAUUUUUCUUCGCAUAUAUGGUUUCCCCGAAAACAUGCCAUCGUUUCGUUGGUCACCUAGAGGAGGAGGCUGUUGUAACCUAUACUCGCUGUAUCCAGGAGAUGGAAGCAGGGCGUAUUCCGGAGUGGUCCGACAUGCCAGCUCCGCAAAUCGCAAUCGACUACUGGCGUCUCCCGUCUGACGCCAAAAUGUUGGAUGUUAUAUACGCGGUACGAUCUGACGAGACGACCCAUCGUUUUGUCAAUCACAGCUUGGCCAACCUUGACACGAAGGCCGACGUGAAUCCGUUUGCCAUGCGUGAGCCAGAUAUGCAUGUGAAGGGGAAGCAAAUCGAGUUCAAGCGAAGUGAGUCGGAAAAAUAUGUGCAGGAGUCGCAUGAUAUCAUGGUACAUAAAAUGAAGGAGAUACAAGGAGAGAGGCCUUCAUAGUGGAAUAUUGGGGGGAUUCACAUUUGUACUUGUAGGUCGACCAGGACAUUGGCUUAUCAUCAACUGCCCCACUCAAUUAGUACUGUAGAUUAACAUGUAUAUAAUUCUCACUCACUUUUUGUAUAUAUGUAUCAAUUAUUUUAACCUUAGAUUGCAGUUUGUGG